AUGACUCUUUCUCAAGGCUCUGCACCCUUCAAUGUGCUAUUUAUCGAUUCCUAUGACUCGUUUAGCUAUAACGUAGUACGUUUAGUGGAACAACAGUCCCAUAAGGGCGGUUAUGGAGAAGUCCGAGUUACCACUAUUCAUAAUGAUACUUUUGCACAUGUAUCGGAGUUGAAAAAGUUUCUACCCCAUUUCGAUUGUUUAGUACUCGGUCCUGGUCCAGGUAGCCCAGUUAAUGGUGUAGAAGAUGUUGGUCUAUUGGCAUCAUUAUUCCAAGAUGAUUGCUUGAGUCAAAUUCCAAUAUUGGGCAUAUGUUUAGGGUUCCAGGCGAUGUGCCUUUCGCAAGGUGCACAAGUUAACGAAUUAAGAACCAUAAAACACGGGCAAGUAUAUGAUAUGGAGUUGGCAAAUGAAUCUAAACUGUUUAAAGGGUACCCUUUCCGAUUUAAAUCCACGAGAUACCAUUCUUUGCAUGUAGAACCAUCUUUAGGGUUGAUUCCUCUGGUGCACACUACGGAUGAAAACGGUGAAUUACUUAUGGCUGCACAGGUGGUUGAUAAGCCAUGGUUUGGAGUUCAAUACCAUCCAGAGUCUUGUUGCUCAGAAUUAGGCGGGUUACUUAUUAGUAAUUUUUUGCAUUUGGCUCAAGAGCAUAACGAGCACAGCGGUCGCUUCGAUUAUAAGAAAUCGAUUUACGAUGUGAAUAUUUACGAUGAAUUGGAUAAAACUAUUGAUAAAACGCCGAUAUAUGAGAAUCGGGUGGAUUUGCCGACCAAACACAUUUCCAUAACGGAAUACAACGUAUGUAAAUCGCCUCUGUUGACGCUUUGCAUCUGUGAUUCAGUCGAAGAUCGCAAGUUUGUCAUGGCAUCUUCGUCCCAAGAUCUGCAUAGAGGUAGGUGGUCAAUCAUCUGCUUCCCAAAUGAGAACUCUGACGUUUUGACGCAUUAUGCUACGUUGAACAGGACGACCGCUUAUAAAUGGAGGGAUCAGAAUGUGAGCUGGAAGGAUGUAAACUAUGCACUGGAAAAUAAUUCCAGACAUCCGUGUGUUUUCUCACAAGACAAGGAUCAGUUUUGGCAAACAUUAGGUCAGUUCACCUCAUCUCGUCUUAUCAAUGCAAGACCUGAUUUGCCAUUUAUUGGUGGUCUUGUCGGUACACUUGGCUAUGAAAUGGGUGAUGUCGUUCCCAGCGUACAAAGCCACCAUCCCGAUGCCAAAUUGGUUUACAUUGAAAAUAGUAUCGUCAUUGAUCAUUUCAGCGGUAAAAUGUACACUAUUUCCCUGUCUAAAGAGUUCCCGGCGCAUAUUACCCAAAUUAUUGACCAGUUACCGCUGAGCGAUCCACAAUUGCAAUGGCCAUCGGAGCUUCCCCCAAUGAAGUUCGAUAUCGACGUAUCUUCUGAUGAAUCCUAUCAAAGCGCAUUCGAUGCUUGCCAAGACUACAUGCAUCGCGGCGAUUCGUACGAAAUAUGCCUUACAAGACAGACGCAAGUGACACCCCAUGGUCCCUUGACACCAUGGAGAAUUUUCCAAACACUAGUGAGCCGUAACCCAGCACCAUUCGCCAGUUUUUUCGAAUUUCAAGAUUUGGUAGAUCUUCCACAGGAUCGCACACUGUGUCUAUUGAGCACUUCGCCAGAAAGAUUUCUCAAGUGGGACCACGAUACUUGUGAAUUGAGACCAAUUAAGGGCACUGUAAAGAAGAGCGACGAAAUGAAUCUACAGAUGGCUACAGAGAUUUUGAAAACCCCCAAGGAGUUUGGUGAAAACUUAAUGAUCUUGGAUCUAAUUCGUAACGAUCUCUACGAAUUGCUGCCGGACGUUCAUGUGGAAGAAUUCAUGUCCGUGGAAGAAUACCAAACCGUCUACCAGAUGGUAAGCGUGGUGCAAGCACAUAACCUCUCGAAAUCAAUAUAUUCCGGAUUAGAUGUUCUUAAACAUUCGCUACCACCAGGAUCCAUGACAGGUGCUCCUAAGAAGAUCACAGUACAAUUACUACACGAGCUCGAAGAGAGAAAGCGCCGUGGCGUAUACAGUGGUGUCACUGGCUACUUAUCGAUGAACAACCGUGCCGACUGGUCGGUGAACAUAAGAUGUCUCUACUCUUACAAUGGUGGUCUCCGUUGGAUGUGUGGAGCCGGUGGAGCCAUAACAGUGCUCAGUCAAGGGGAAAGUGAACUCGCAGAACUCAAUACAAAGCUCGACAGUGCUCUACAGUGCUUCACAAGAUCAGAAUAA